GUGGAGCGAGCGGCCGUCUACGCUCGCAACCCGUCGGGUUGCCUGGACGACCUCGCGCGGCUGCACGCGGAGGUGUCCCUGCUGUCCACGGAGCUCCGCGAGGUUCGUUCGCACCAGGCCCAGCAGGGCUCGGACGCGGGGUCGUUCUACGCGCACACCCUCGGGUUCGUGGUGACGGGCAUCGUCGCGCAGAUCGUAGGCGCGCGCGGGUUGUUCAGGGCCGAGGGGAACGCCGCCGAGGCGGCGGAGUUCUUCAACGAGCUGCUACCAGGCCGCGUCGUCACUUUCCACUACGACGACGAUCGCGGCAUCUGGCACGAGCGCGUGCUGAUCUGGCCUGCUGGUUCGCAGCGGCCUGCGACGAGGUGGGCCAUCCUCGUGCCCGAUCGUGACAUCUACGACCGGGAGUUAGCUAGCGCCGCUGACGGGGACGGCCCUGACAAGGCGUCGCUGACCUUCGGCGCCACCCCUGCUCGUCAGCGGCCCGCGGGCCGCGUCUACCGUUUCCGCGCCUACCCCUCGGAGCCCGAGCUGCUGGACAUGGUGCGAGCUGCUCGGCGUGAUGUGCGGGCCGCGGGGUUGGACGUCGCCGAGCCGUCGACGCACGUGCAGAAGGGCGAGGUGCUGGGGGGCUUCACCACGGUCAGCUUCGGUGAGGACGACGCUGAGGACGAGCCGGCGGCUGUCGGUGGGCCCGCUACCCCGCCGCCGGGGGCCGUCGGCGCCCGCGUGCUGGUCAGCGCGGAGGCGCCGCCUCCAGGGAUGACUUGGAUUGCGGCCAAGUCGGCGGGGUCGAAAAUCAAGCGCGGCGACGAGGUCCACCUGCUCGCGAGCGACGUCGUCUGGGGCGAGAGCGGGCUUCACGGUCUGCCGUCUGGCUUCAUAGUGCCCAUGGAGCUGGUUGCCUCUGCCUCUCCCAUCUGGCCAGGUGGCGAAGAGGGCGACGACGCUCGUCUCCUGGGCCCAUUCACCAGGAACCGCGAGGGACGACGCCACCUCGACUUCCGCGAGCCGGUGGCGCAGAUGCGGCAGGAGGUGCUCGACGAUUUCCCGCUGUCUGGAGAGCGGAGCUACAAGUGGCUCUGCGAGUGCAUCGUCGACCACGGCGGGGCGCCCGAGGGCCGCCAGACCAAGUGGAUGAGCGAGAGCGGCUGCACGGAUGACUCGGCGGCGGCUCAUUUCCACGACCUCUUCGGGCUCGCGAUCGAGUUCGCGCGGACCUACGAUCAGGCGGGCGGCUCGAACCUGGCCUGCAUGGAGGCUGCUGCAUGGACGUGCCAGCUUGUCGAGGAGACCAUGGGCAGCAUGAAGAUCGAGGGGGUCGAGCACGCUGUCGGCCGCCUGAAGCAGAGCGCUCGCCGCGGGGGCGCGGCAGCGCCAGGCCUGGCCAAGCGCGCGACCGAGCAGCUCGCCAAGGGGGCCGAGAUCCAGAAGCAGAGGAG